CUCAGCCUUUCUUUGAAGCAGAGCCAGCAGACCUGGUGAAGGGUGUUUGUAUCCAGAACCUGGUCAAGGUGUUUGGCAGCAGCUCCACACCAGCAGUGGAUGGCCUAAGCAUCAGCUUUUAUGAGAGCCAGAUUACUGCCUUUCUGGGCCACAAUGGGGCUGGCAAGACCACCACCAUGUCCAUCUUAACUGGUAUGUUCCCGCCCACCUCUGGGACCGCCACAAUCUACGGCAAGGACAUCCGCACAGACAUGGACGCCAUCCGUGUGUCUCUGGGAAUGUGCCCUCAACACAACAUCCUAUUUCAGCA